AGAUAUAUAUUAGACGCCUAACAGGAACCAGCAGAAAAAGAGACGAGUUGAGAGCGAGAGAGCGUGCGUGAGAUACCGGAGCCCUGAGCGCUCACAAAUCACUUUGCCACCAGCAAGCUCUGACAGGCAUCGGCAGGGAGGCCGGGGUUGGGAGCUGUGUCAGCCGAGGCCCACAGGAGCCGCAGAGGGCACAUACGAGGUGACACCGGCGGAUGGACGCAGGGAACACAAGCCAGACUUUCCCAAAACAACAAGGCAGUCCGAGACAGAUGGCUUCCCCUGGCUGCCGCUGCUGUGCUUGCACUGUCUGGAGGCUGCUCUCUUGUUCAGAGGUGUGUCAGCUUUAAAAUCUCUUACACGAGGACCGGGUUUCCUGACACCUAAGCCGCCCGAUAGAUAGCAGGUCUGCUGUUCAACUGUCACUCUUUGCAAACCGGAAGAUAACCGCUUCUUCAUUCUUUAGAGGAAUCAGAUGAUGAUAGUGUAGAAAGGCAGGGGCCUCGGAAAAACAAAACAGCUCUGCAGCUACAGAUCACAUGCUGUAGCUGCUGUUGAAAAAGAGGUAGUUAAAGCAGAGAGGAGUACGUGCUCGUCACACUAUCUGCUUUUAGCAUGCACACACAUUUCUGUCUGUUCUCAACUACUAUUUUUAAGCUCAACUCAGCAUUUUGUUUCCUCUUUGCCGGGGAUAUCUGAUUAACUCUUGGCCGACUCAGAGCCCCCCAAGAGCUGUGUGAGCUGCAGAGGAAGCCAGAGGUCCUUUUGAUCAAACUUUAAAAAGCAAAACGAGAAUUAGAGGAGGCAUUUUUGCCCCGGUUGUUCUGUUCCCCGCAGAAGGUUUCCAGCCAUUAAAUCUGCUCCUCCGAAGGUUUACUGGGGGUCAGGGAUUGAGAAACUCUGCCAACAUCAGUCAUCGUUUUGCUGACUGGGGUACAGCUCCAUCUACAUUUGCUCGCCUCUGGGGACAUGUAAGGAGAGACUGAGUAACAGCCCUGAGCUGACACGUGGAGGCGUAUAAACCUGGUCCCGGCAAGGCGGGAUUCCGUUUAAUCCUGCAGGUGAAGACUUGAAGUCGAGUGUUUCACAUGUGCUUGGCACUGAUGGCUACUGAAGAAGCCUUUUGACUCGCUGUUGGUGCUGGGACCGCGCUUGACGGCUCCGCUCUGAGCUCGCUUCAGUGUGUGGGACGCCAGUGUCAGAAACCGACUGGGAUUUUCUCCACCUGUUUCCAAGCAAAGAAAACCGAAGUGAUAGGUGCUUGGUGUUUUUUUGCAGAGGUGGCGACAGCUGUGCCACACAUUUUUCAGAACUCUCCACACUGCUGCAGUUGUUCUGUUGUGUGUAAACACCUUACGUCAGUUACACCUUUCCACGGAGUGAUUCACUGCUCCCUAAACAAUCCCCGGUUGGAGGCAGGGAGUAAAGAAAAGGUCAGGGAAACUUUUUCCAAAAGCUCAUAAGUCCUGGAACGGUGAAGCCGUCACGAUGAAACUGGAGUUCUUGCUGCUGAUGGUUGCGUACAUGCUGGACAAUGUGAGCAGCAUGUCUACAUGUAAGACGGUGGACCAGGAGAUCAUAAAGAAGAAGCGCAUCGAGGCCAUCAGGAGCCAGAUCCUCAGCAAGCUGAGGAUGGCCAAAGCACCUGAGCCGGAUGAGGCCGGAGAGAAGGAGGAGAUCCCCAGCAACCUGAUGUCACUCUACAACAACACCAAGGACAUGCUGAAGGAACAGCAGACAGUGGUCGAGACGGUCUCCUCUGAGCAGGAGGAGGAGGAGUACUUCGCAAAAGCGAUAAACAAGUUCAACAUCACCAAUAAAACUAGCGCGGAGAAGUUUAAGAAAAUGAUCUUCAACAUCUCUGAGAUACGAGAGAGCGUGGGGGACUCCAGCCUGCUAACCCGUGCCGAGCUCCGGAUGCUCAUCAAGAACACCAGGAUACCUGAUGAGGAGCGGGUGGAGCUGUACUACAGUGCAGGAACUGCGCUUCGGUACCACACCUCCCAGUUUAUAACCAAUGCACUGAGAGACAAGUGGCUGUCCUUUGACGUCACCGAACCCCUAAGAGCUUGGCUCAGAAAGACAGAGAUCGAACAGAUCUUUGAACUGCGUGUUUUCUGCGAUUGUGGACAGUCUUCCACCAUUUUCAGUUUCGACAUUUCUGGGAUGGAGAAGAAGCGGAUAGACACAGCAUUUAUACAAACCUUGACCGAGCCGGUGCCUUACAUCCUCACCAUGUCCAUCCCCCAGAACAUGAGCAGCCACCUCACCUCCCGCAAGAAACGCUCCACGGACUCGUCCGACACUUGUACAGCCCAAACGGAGACCUGCUGCAUGCAGAGCUUGUACAUCGACUUCAGGAAAGACCUGGGCUGGAAAUGGAUCCAUAAACCUACAGGAUACUAUGCAAACUACUGCAAGGGGUCCUGCAGCUAUAUCUGGAACGCUGAAAAUAAAUACUCUCAGAUUUUGGCUCUGUAUAAGCAUCAUAACCCGGGAGCAUCUGCCCAGCCAUGCUGUGUUCCCCAGACACUGGAGCCUCUGCCGAUCCUCUACUAUGUGGGAAGACAACACAAGGUCGAGAGCUUGUCCAAUAUGAUUGUGAAGUCCUGCAGAUGUUGUUAAAUGUACAACAGGCUGUUCUAAAGACAUACUGGAAUGGAGGAAUUUGUUUUACCGAGGUGGACUAGGAAGUACUAAGUAUUACCAGUCACCUGGACCCCUUCUACUGCGAUCUCCUCUACUAUCACCAAAUUGUAUUCCCUGCAUUAACCCAUCCACCCUGAGGGAGCAUUGGGCUGUAGUCCCAACGUGCUCUGGAAACAUGUAGGGGUUUCCCGAUGGACCUCUUUAUGCUGUUUUUUUUUGUACAUACUUUUUUGUAAACUUUUUGCUGUUACUGCAACUUUAUUUAUUUGUUUGAAAGAUGUUUGACCCAGAGAAUCAUCUGAUACAGUCCAGAAGAAACUGGACUUAGGAUGUAAGCCGAAUGGAAAAACGUCUGUGUUCACGGACGCGACAUUUCCGCCUCAACAACUCUCCAAAGAGCUCAACAUUAACAGGUGCUAGCUCUCAGGUGCAAAGCUGGUUGCUGGGGUUUUCCUGAAAGAAAAUGCUGCAGAUGUUCCGUGGAUGUGUGGUAGGGGGGAAAAAAAGGAAAUCACAGGGACAGUCCAACCUGGGGAAUCUCCCUUUAACUGACUGGAGGGCUGGACCUGAGAGCCGGCAAAACACAAACCGUCCAUCUCUUUUUAAGUCAACAAAUUAUAAUGAAACGUCCCCUUUGAGACUGUUCAUGACUUACUGGUUUUUAACCAGGAGUAGAAAAAUAUUGUUGUUUUCAGGCUUGUGUUAUCAAUUCUAAAUAUUGUGAAAAUUUGAUCUGUACAUGCAGAGACAUUUAAAAGAAAUAAAGAUUUUUCAGUUUUGUGCUUAUUACCACACUCGUA